CUUUAUUAUAAAUACACGUCUGUAAGCAGUUAUUAUCAUUAGCUUCAACAUGCGAAGCCCAGCGAAGCUUAUACUUUCGAUUGUCUUAGUUUUUCAACUUCCUCAUGUGUUCUGUUUGACUCGAGAGCAAGAUAAACCCAUAAUGGUGAGUAUCCAAGCAGGCUAACCUAUAUACACAUGAACAUUUGUUUUUAUUUUUAUGGAAAAAAAAAUUUAGGUGGGGGUUUGUAUCCGCUGUCGACUCUUCAACUUUUCUUUUCCCCUGUGUGCAGUUUUGAGUUUUCAUGAAUUUUGUAUUGCUCCUUGACUUUAUUUACACUCCCAGCUUUUUAAAAAGUUCAAAUGAGUUCAAACAAAAAGACAUCAAAAAAAAGUUUUAGUUUACGCAAGCUGAUUGAUUGCUAAAACACAAUUUUGGCAUCGACACAUAACUGGGUUAUGAAACUCAUUUCAAUUUAAAAUGAUGAAAAAUAUUGUACCGAGGUUUCUUUUUAAUUCAGUGCUUCAGGAGCGGCCUAUUUUGAACAUUAUUGAACUAAAACAUGAAUGCAUAAAAAGUUGCAACGAAAAUCAAUGAGAUUGGAAAAAAGGAAGUUUACGCAUGCUAUGAAGAAUUUCAAUAUAAGAAGCGUAUCAAGGAACGAUUAAUUGUUCUAAAACUGUGGUAAAUGAUGUGUUUGUUCAAGGUGGUUAUGAUAAUUGAUGAAUGUCAAGAGAAAAUGAACUGCCUAUAUUCUCUUGUAAAUGUUUCAUCGGUCAUCACGGACCUGUCCAUAUUUAUCGCUGGGGGAGGAGUUUUGGCGGGAACAAAUGGUUUUCAGGGGGAAUGGAGGGGUUAUCAGGUAUACUUAUUCAACCUCCAACACGAAUAAUUUCCCGUCGCUUUUCAAUGUUAGUUCACCUGUUGAUCAAAUUCGUCAAUAAACUUUCAAAUAUGAUUGAAGUUGUUGAAUUUAUCACUAGCAACAUGCAAACAAUAAUUACUCAGUAUCUCGUAACGGUUGAUUUAUUUUUCAGCAAUAUUUGCAGAGGCGUGUUUGGAAUCCCGUGCACUCGUUUGAGGCACAACUGCGUUGUAAACUAGGGGACGCUUUUCAUGAUUUGCAUCACUAUGGCUGUUUCUGUGGCGUCACAAAGGAGAUGAGGAGUUACAAAGACCCCAGCGCUGUUAAAGAAAAGGAUUCCUUAGAUGGGUAACUAGAAUUUAAAAUAUCAGUUUUUUCUAUUUGAAGUCUAGGCUAUUGUAGAGCGGUUGGAUAAUUUUAUCCGCCCCCGGGGGCGGAUUACGCUAUCCAAUCGCUAUCCAGUAGAUAAGAGUUUACAAAAUGUACUGUGCUAUCUACUGGAUAGCCAUUUAUCCAGUGGAUAGCGUUAUCCAACCUUUAGACAAUCGGGGCCAGGACAUCCGGAACUGGGCUUAUUGGAAAGGGAGGGAGGGGGGAGGGGAGUGCGAAGGAACAUGAAGCGACUCUUUAGUUAGUGGGUGGAAGGGGUUGGCAUCCUGUCUGGGAGAAGUGUAAGUACUCUUAGUCCCUUCAUUUUGCAGACGCCGGAUUAACUCUGACAGGAUUCGACCACAACACAAAACAGUAGGAAGACAAUAUCGUGCUGUUUGAGUCAGGGAUUGAAUUGUGAUAUUCUAAAACAUACUAACAAAUGGUAACUGGUUAUUUUCUGUGAUUUCAGGUGUUGCAAACAACAUAACCUUUGCCUUAAGAAAGAAAGCUCUAGAAAUGGAGACGAGCCUUAUUGCUCUUUCAAUAAAAUCAAAGAUUGUGAAACAAAUUUGAUAAAUUGUAUUGAAGGCGUUAAAGUUGACUCUCUUAAAGAGUAUAAAAAUUAUGACAGAAACAAGUGCAAAUGAACUUGAAAAUAAAUAAGUAAG